AUGCCGGCCACCAAUUCCUCGCCGUCGGCGGCGGCACCGCUGUCCUCCAUCGACCGCUCCAUCGGCUGGUCGCUCCGCCGGGAGCAGAACCAGAUCCACUCCUUCCUGUCGCCGCCCGACGACGCCACCGACGCCUUCCAGCGCCGUGCCGCUGAGCUCCUAACCAACCUUUUCGCGCCCCUGGCCGACGACGUCCUCUCCCUCGCCUGGACGCGCCGCCUCCUCGACGCCUUCCUCCUCUGCCUCGAGGAGUUCCACACCCUGCUCUUCGGCUCCGGGAUCUCGCCCGCCACGCGGCCCCCGCUCGACCGCCUCGCCGCCGACAUCUUCGACCGCACCGUCAAGGCGCUCGACCUCUGCAACGCCGUCCGCGACGGCCUCGACCUCGUCCGCCAGUGGCGAAAGCACCUCGCCAUCGCAGCAGCCGUCCUCGCCUCCUCCUCUUCUUCCGCCUCCUCCUCCUCACCGCCGCUCGGGGAGGCCCAGAUCCGCCGCGCCCGCAAGGCGCUCACCGACCUCACCAUCCUCAUGCUCGAAGACAGGGACGGCGGGGCGUCGUCGGCCAGCGCAACCGCUCCUUCGGUCCCUGUCCUGGAGCGUGUCCUGGCCUGGUCCGCCGCGCGCCAGCUGCAGGCCAUCGGGGAGGCCUGCCCGUGCCCCGCCCGCAGGACAACGCCGCCACGGGAGGCCUCGCCUCGGCAGUCUCACACCAUGGGCGCCGUGCUCUUCAUCGUCGCCUUCGCGCUUGUCGCCGCCAUCCCGUGCCAGGACCGCGGCCUCCACGUGCAUUUCUCCGUGCCCAGGAACCUCCCCUGCUCGGGCCCCAUCACCACGCUCUACGAACGCAUCCUCGACGAGUCCAAGAAGAAGGAGCGCAAGAACUCGUGCGGCCUGCUCAAGGAGAUCCACCAGAUUGAGCUCUCCUCCAGGCACCUCAUGGAGAUCACUGACGCCGCCGAGUUCCCGUUGCACGAGGACAAGGAUACCCAGGUGCGGGAGGCCGCGCAGGACCUAGUGCAGCUGUGCGAAACCAUCAAGGAAGGGCUCGACCCGCUCGAGCGCGAGGUCAGGCAGAUGUUCCACCGGAUUGUGCGCACACGCACAGAAAUCCUUGACUGCUUGAGUAAGCCACAUGGCACCCAGUGA